UUCUUUUCUUUACUAAAUACAAAUGAAGGCAAAUACACUCUCCUCACCCGAGGUGAAAAACAAUAUUCGAGCUGCCGUGCCAACUUCAAAAAUCUUUACUGCUGCUGUCGCAAGACUUUUUGUCGCUAGUCCAGAUCCCUCCAAAUGGUCUUAUGCUCUCCUCUGGGGCGCUGCUGUUUUCUAAUAACAAAGGCGUCAUGUGGGAACAAGAAAUUUAUCAAGGAUUCAACUAUGUAAAGGAAGCUGGCUUUUUUCAUACUUUUGAAACAGACGAUUGCUUGGCAGGUCUCGAAUUCGUUGACAUGGGGGAAGCUGACACAUUUUAUAAAAAAGUACAAGGACGUGACUCAUUGAAUACAAAGACGAAUACUAGUCAUGGCAAACACUUUUUGGGAAUGCACAACAAUAAGAAGAGAACCAGUAAAAUUGACAAAAAUCAUAUUGGUAUGCCAGCAGAUUUUAGACAUGUGGGUCAUAUCGGUUAUACACAAGGGAAGGGAUUUAGUGUUCAGAACAAUGAUCCCGAAAAGAAUAGUAUUUUAGAUCAGUUAAAAGCAUUGGGUAUAUCAGCGGAUGAAAUUAGUGAAAAUCAAGCCUUUAUCGAUCAGUUUUUACAACAAAAUAAUGCAGCUGCUCCAACUGUGACAGCUGCUCGCCCUUCACAACAGUACAGUAGUCCUCCUCCACCGCCACCACCCAUGCAACAAUUUAAAGCACCCUCUCCUCCACAGCCAUAUAAAAGUCCCACUCCACAGUAUGGUAAUCCGACACCACCACCUGCAUUACAAAACAGUAAUAGUCAAAGAAAGAAAACACCACCACCGCCACCUCCACCAGGUCGUCAUCAUGGUGUUGCUCCACCUCCACCUCCACCAAGAAGACCUAAUAACAACGUACCACCUCCACCAAGAAGCCCUAUUAACAAUGCACCAGCUACACCUAGAAGUCCUAUCAACAAUGCUCCACCUCCACCUCCUCCAGUAGCAAGAAGUAUCAUAUCCGGACCACCUGUACCAAAUCGUGGUCGACCUGUACCUCCACCACCUCCUGGAAGAAACAAUAUGUCGCCACCACCCAUGAUGGGAAGUGCUCCUCCUCCUCCUGCACCACCACCACCACCACCUAUGAUGGGAGGUGUACCUCCCCCUCCCCCCUCUGCACCUCCUCCACCACCUAUGAUGGGCGGUGCUCCUCCUCCUCCAGCCCCUCCUCCUCCCAUGAUGGGAGGCACCCCUCCUCCACCUCAUCCACCUUCUGGUAUUCCUGCGUCUGCACCACCAGGACGUACAGAUUUAAUGGCAUCCAUUCGACAAGCAGGUGGAUUCGGUACUCUAAAGCAAACAGGCAAGUUACGUAAGGCAGAGGUAGUAGACCAUAGUGCACCCAUGAUCGCAGGCGCUGCAACUGGAGCGGCUGUAGGUGCAGCUGCAACAGCAGCUGGAGGUGGUGAUUUAGCUUCCAGUUUAGCCAAUGUGUUAAAACAACGUCAACAAGCUAUGCAAAGUGAUGAUGAAGAUGAUGACGAUGAUGAAUGGGAGUAGGACGUAUGAAUGUAAAUGAUCAGGGAUUUUUUUUAGAAUAGAGAGAGAGAGAGAGAGAAAUAGACGUUGCUUAUUUUCGAUUGUUUUUUAUAUCAAAAAGAAUAAAACAUGUG